UAUGUCCCAGGUAAAGACAUCUAUCAAAUGUACUGGUGGAGGACCAAAGCCUCCUAGCCCAGAUCCGGAAACAAUAGACAUCUUAAGUAUGAUUCCACAGGAAUUUGAAACAGAUUCAAAUAUCUUCGACAGUGACAGCAUAGCGAAUCAGGAGGUGGAAUGUGUCAUGUCAACACAAGAGUAUGUUCUCACUCCAUUAGAUAAGAAAGAGAAUGUGGAAGAGAAUAUCACACCACAACCUGUGAAGAAGAUUAAUUUAUUUAAACCUUGUGGGACAAAACGGAAACUACCAUUUAAUGAAAUGAAACAUAAUGAACAGACUGCAAAACGAACGGGACUUCACAAGAGAGCGCCAUAUGGUUCUUGUCAAUUGCAUAAGGGAGGAACAUGA